AUGGCGCUGUCCAAUAUCCCUGUGGAUCAGAAUGCAACUCUUCACACUUUUAGACCAGUGCAAAAUGCAGUGAGCUGUGUUGUUCUUGGUAUCGUUUUUCUUGUAGGAUGACCGGGAAAUGCUUUAGUGAUCUGGAUUAUUCUUCGCCACAUUAAAACAAAAUCUCCCACUAUCCAGCUGAUAUUGCACCUGGCCUUUGCAGAUUUCAUCGUGCUCAUCACUCUGCCGCUGUGGAUUCAUUCCCUGGUCAAUGGCUGGGUCUAUGGAGAGCUGUUCUGUAAAACUGCGACCUUCCUCAUCUUCUGUUCUUUAUAUGCCAGUCUGUUCUUCAUCACCUUGGUGAGUGUCAAGCGCCUGAUGGCUGCGCUCUACCCAUUUGCUACUCAUGGAUUUAUUGGUAAAGCAAUCAUCAGUAUUUGGGUUUCAGCUUUUCUGAUUGCUAUUUAUUCUCUCAUUAUCCAAAAAUUAGAAAAUAGAAAUGGACAGCUAAAAUGUGUGACUUCCUACUCGUCCGGCCAGCAACAAAUAGUAAUUUGUCUGUUUAAGCUCUUGGUUGGUUUUGUCGUUCCUUUCACCACUCUGUUGGUCUGUUACACCAUUGUUUUCAAAAGAAUAAAACAAAUGACCUUUCAAACAAGAGGGAAAUCUGAAAAGUUAAUUAUAGGGGUUGUAGUAACUUUUGUACUUUGCUGGUCGCCUUAUCAAAUAACAAACAUCAUCACAAUUUCUUCACUGAUGAUCGAAAGCAGCAACUCUGAAUUUGCAUUGACAUUAAAAAACAUUGUUGAAACAAUGGAUAUUGUUACUGGAACCUUAGUUUUCAUCAGCAGCUGCAGUAACCCUAUUCUGUAUGCAUUUGCUGCCCGGAGAUUUAAGGCUGGGUUUAAAAUCUUAAGUUUUGCUAAACUCUUUGAAUAUAUAAACCGUCCUUCUGAAGAACUUCAAAAUCCAGGAAGGGACAAUGCAGAAGAAAACUCAGGAAGGGAAACAGAAGAACGAAUUGAUCCAUAAAACAUCUUAUCAUUAUAUAUGUAUGUUUUGCAACCACAAAUAAUAUGGAUUCAUUGAGCAUACUGCAAUUUAAA